GAAAGAGUUAGUCGGUCAGUUGGAGAGCAGUUGUGAGCGGCACCUUCCUUAAGAGUGUGCGUAAAUGAAAAGAAAAACCACACACACACACCCACACAGCAGAAUUACCCUCACAAUUGAAGAAGAGAAAAUAAAUAAUCAUAAAAGGAACUACCUCUCAGCUCUUCAUUUCGUACUCUGGAAUAAGUGGCCUUAAGUGGUGCUCUGGCCGGCACACCUGAGUGAACCUAGUGAUAAACCCAGAACUAGCACCUAGACUGAGCGUCUACCCAUUAUCUUCACUUCAUUGAUGGUCCUUCGAGCCGGAUCACUGGGUUUACGUCAAAGAUGGAACUACAUCCAGAGUACGCUGCUCGUGGUGCACGUCCCAAGCGCCAUAUCCACCCACCUGUACGCUUUGCAGACUAUGAGGUCGAUCAUCAAGGCUACCUCGGUCAGAGGUACAGAGAGGAAUUAAAGAGUGCUCACCAGGAGGGAAAUGCCAGGAUGACACCCCUCACCCCCCCUUAUGACUUUCCCCUUCGCCUGCAGAGGCGGGAUGCUAUUCUUCAGGAGAUGGACCUGAGCUAUAGGGCUGAUAGCCCACAGCACAGCCAGAAGAAUCAGCUAGCCCCCCAGCGGCUUUCAGAGAGAGAGUUUAGGGAACAGCUACGAGAUUACUCUACUCCCUUACCUCCAGCGCUGCACCCCAUACUUUCACAUGAGGACAGCAGAGUUGAGUUAGAUGACAUUCGUCAUGAAAGACACCUCCUGCAGCAGACACAGCGGCACAUGGCAUCGGAUAUAGUCGAGCUUAGGGCGCUGCGAGCAGAUAUGAAACAGUUAGUAGAUGCUGUUUGCAACAUACAGACUCAAACCUCUCUCCAUACUAGAAAGCCAGAGUCAGCGGUGAUGCCACCACAGCCACCCGUUGAAAGUGAACCUAAAGCUGAGGAAGGGGAUGAUUGGCCUGCGCCACCACCACCAUGGCCAGAACCAGUAAUUGCCGGACUUCUGCUUGGUGACCCACCUAGGCUACAUCCUCAUAUUAGGAGAAUAGAUGAGGUUCCAAGAAUUAAGGAAGAAGCUCCGCCAGGCCUGUGGGCCAGCCACAACUAA